AUGUCUAAACUUAAAAAAAUUGCUUCGGAAACUGUCCAGAACAGGAGACAGACACCAUUAAUGGAAUAUGUCAGAGAUAAACUUCUUGCUGCAUAUCGUGAUCCAAUAACUCCACAACCUGGUCUUCCUAAAGGUCCUGAAGAAAGUCCCUUGUAUUAUCCUCAUCGUUUUCCAAAUACUCAAUCUAAUAGAUCACCACCACCACCAAAUCUUCCUCCUGGUGUAUAUCAUAAACUUAGCGACAACUACUAUUUAAAUCAUGAUGCUAGAAGAAGUGUUGAACCACCCAAAGCACUUUAUAAAGUUGAUGCUUCUGGAAAUUCUGUUUUCAAUGAUGAAAAUAAAGAAGCAUCUAAUACUUAUGUAAAUAAAGGACCUGAAGAAAAUUUUGGUUUAAAUAUUCCAACUCCAGGAUUUGGAUUGGAAUGGUCUAGAAAUAUACAGUAUGAACAAUUGACACAACAAAAAGACCCAAUAAUGAAAUGUUUAGAAAGAUACGAUAAGUAUUUAAGUAACAAACGCUAG